UCUGGCGCUGCGCAUAGCAGUCGUGCCAUCGGGAAAAGACAAUAUCAUCGGCGCGCUGAAGAGACGCAUCAGAGCCCCUCCGGCACAACAGCUCAAGUGGUCGUUAGAUAUAGUGACUGAUACACAAGAAGCGGUUAAGGAAUUACGAUCGCAUACAAAUAAGGAUCAGCUUAUUUCCUCAUGUUUGGAUAUGAUUGCUGUAAUGCGUAACGCUCAACACUCCCUCAUGUGAGGGUGUAGAAUGGAAACAUCCCUCUACCCAGGCACCGUGGUGAAUAAUCCGAGGGUCUCCAGCAUCUAUUCCCAGAGCACGAUGAUGAAAAAGGAGGACAUUAAUCUGAACCUGGAAGACCACAACUCCGAGCUCAAACAAAACCCGCUCCGGGACACAGACGGACUCCUCAACUCCCCAGACUUGGGACUCUUGAAACUAACCUCUCCGGACCUGGAGCGCCUUAUUAUCCAGUCAAACGGCCUGGUCACCGCCGCUAACCCUGCCUCACAGUUCCUGUACCCGAAGUCAGCCAGCGACGAGCAGGAGUUCGCGGAAGGUUUCGUCAAGGCGCUGGAGGAUCUCCACAAGCAGAACCAGCUGAGCGAAGCGGGCUGCGUCUCCGUGGAUAGACUGGAGCUCCUCGGAUCAGCCAACGCGGUCGGAUCCUCGGGGCUCCAGACAUCAGACCUUCCUGUUUACACUACUUUAAACGGCUAUGCGGCCAGUCCGCUCGGAGCCACCACCAUCAACUACUCCACGGACACGAUCCCCUUCCCGCCGCCUCCGUCUCAUCUGGCCAGCGCGCAGCAACAGGCGGCCGCUGCGGCUGCUCUGUCACGACUCCAGUCGGCUGGCUUGGUGAAGGACGAGCCUCAGACUGUACCAGACAUGCAGAGCUUCGGGGACAGCCCCCCGCUGUCUCCCAUUGACAUGGACAACCAGGAGCGCAUCAAGGCGGAGAGGAAAAAGCUGCGGAACAGGAUAGCCGCCUCCAAAUGCCGCAAGAGAAAGCUGGAGAGGAUCUCCCGGCUGGAGGACAAGGUCAAGAGCCUGAAAACGCAGAAUACAGAGCUGGCCUCCACAGCCAGCGUCCUCAGGGAGCAAGUGGCCCAGCUGAAGCAGAAGGUGAUGAACCAUGUCAGCAGCGGAUGCCAGCUUUUACCAAACCAGGUCCAGGCUUACUAAUGGUGCUCUUCAUGGAUGUUUAUACAGCUCUAAAUAUGCUCUGAGGAUACAGGCCUGUAUUAUUAGAAACACUCUGCAACACAGAAUCCUUAUCAGAGAAUUUAUAUGAGGCCACUGUAAAUGCACCCUCCUGAUAAAGCCUGUAACUGAGAAACUGAACAGACUUUUGCACUCGCAGUGCAACGAACAGAGCUGCGAGUCUACUGGAAUAAUGACAGGUUAACCAGCAGCAGGUGUGGGCUGCAGCCUCCUCUGAUUCCUAAAAUUCUGGCAGUGUUAUGCAGACUUAUUUUGUUGCCCUAAUUUUUUUGGGAAGCCAUGUAGCAAACUGUUAUCCAGUGGACUGGUGGUGUAGGAUAGUGUGUGUAAGCUGGACAAUCUCAACAGGAGUGCAACCAAACACCAGGGUGUCACCAAGUGCUGUCACCCCCUGUGUAAUAUAAUGCCUUACUUGUUUACAAGCACUUAUCAAUGACAAAUAUAUAUUUUAUUUACUGAAACAUUUCUUAUUUUACAUAUGGUCUUACUUUUUGUCUUUUUUGUUGUUGCAAAAAUGAACACUGCAUGUCUGUCGCUUUGUACAGUAACCAUUGUAUUUUUUUUAUUAUGGUGGCUGCUUUGUAGUUCUUCAGUCGCCAAAA